AUGGUCAAGUUCUUCAGCCCGCUCGCGCUGUCGCUGGCAGCCUCUGCCGCCGCGGUCGCCGCCAUCGCUGCUCACUUGCGCUUCCGCCCGACCAAGCAGACCCCGAAGCUCCCCACCUCCUCCCAGCAGCCCGCCACAAUGGCUCCGCGCACGGCGCACCAGCGCAACAUCGACGAGAUCAACCGCCUCGACGGCUACGACGUCGUCAUCGUGUGCACGUCCACGCCGCACCAGGCGCAGUACUGGCAGGACCGCCUCAUGGCCACGCGCGGCUCCAUCUCGCCCAAGGACGCCAAGGUCAUCGCUGUCUUCGAGGACUGGGACGGCGGCGCCGGUAACGGACUCGGCACGCUCUACGCCUACACCAAGGCCGUGGCCGCCGGCAAGGAGCUCUACGGCAUCGACAUCCCAGCGCUGCUCGCCGCCGGCAGCAUCAGCGUCGCGCUGUACCACACCGCCGGCAAGGGCACGCGUCUCGCACCGCUGCCCGGCAGCGAGAACAACAACAAGUCGGGCGUCAAGCUGCCGGCCAUGGUGGAGGUCAACGAGAACCACGUGCCCAUGACCAUCCUCGAGGCCGUGGUGAAGCAGACCGGCGUGUACGCCUCCAGCCGCCGCGGACGUCUCUCCGUGUUCUGGGGCGACCAGGUCUUCAUCCCGUCGGCCGAGGUCAAGUACGAGGCCAAGCACCACAUCGACAUCCUCGCCGCGCUCGCCCCCAUGCCCUCCGAGAAGGAGUGGAAGGAGAAGGGCCUCGAGAAGUACGGCCUCAUCGUCGUCAACCAGCAGGACAACGCCGCGCAGGUGGACAAGGUGACCCACGAAACCGCCAUCCGUCUGCUCUCGUCCUUUGGCGAGAUGAAGUCGGUCGGCACGAGCCUCGGAUCCUUCAGCGUGGACGCCGACAUGCUGCGCGCGCUGCUGAGCGAGUUCGCCAAGGAGCUGGCCGCCAAGUCGGGCAAGCUGGACAGCGACCCGCACUUCUGGAUGCCGCUCACGCUCGAGCUCGAAGCGUACACGGAGGUGAUGGCCCAGAAGGGCGUGGAUAUCGCCGAGUCGACGGUCCACUACGAGCGCAUGCAGAAGAUGAUGGCCAACUUUGAGGAGACCCGGACGAAGGAGCUCGGACUGUUCGGCUGCGUCGACGUCGGCAGCAACGUGUACUGGUGGGACUACGGCCAGCUCAAGCUGUACCUGAAGAACAACCGCCUGGUGACCAAGCCCGGCGUGGAGGCUGACUGCCUGCGCUCGUUCCUCAACAUCAGCAACAACAUGGAGCACAGCAACGUCGGUGAGGACGCCAUCAUCGAGGAGGCUACGGUGCUCAACAGCCAGAUCGAGCACGGCGACAUCAAGCACAGCGUGCUCAGCGGCGUGGUCGCGAAGGAAGUGAACGCGGACGGCUCCAUUCUUAUCAACGUUACUGCGCGCUCGAUCAAGGCGCCCAACUGCGUAGUGUACAACGUGACAUCGGACGAGGCCGAGGGCCUGUGCCUCGAGGAGGGCAGCGUCGUCGUCGGCGUGCUGCUGCCCGACGGCAAGAAGGUCGUGAUGCGUUCGAGCAUGGACGUGUGCGGCGGCAAGGCAUGGAAGACGGUGCUGGACGCCAACCAGCACUCCUUCGAGAAGAUCUAUGAGCUGAACGCCGACGCCAACGUGUCCAAGCUGGAGCAGCUCAUCCAGGCCGAGCACAUGAAGAUGCGCGAGCUUCAGCUGGCGGUGGCGGCUCUGGGCGCCGUUCUGCUGCAGCAGUUCGUGUCUCGCCAUCGCCACCAGGCACUGCAGACGGAGAAGACGAAGCAACUGAAGCCGCAGCAGCAGGCGCAGGCCGCGAGCGGUGACGCGGAGGAGGAGGCGUACGUGGUGGAGAUCGAGUACUGCACCGGCUGCCGCUGGAUGCUGCGCGCCGCGUGGAUGGCGCAGGAGCUGCUCACCACCUUCCAGCAGGACGAAAAUAGUCGCCUGCGCUCCGUGACGCUCACGCCCAACUCGCGCCAGGGCGGUGUGUUCAACGUCUAUCUGCGCGAAGUGGGGCCCAAGGCGGACCCGGAGGCCGAGCCGGAGAUUCUCUGGUCGCGCAAGAUCGCGCGCCGCUUCCCGGAGUCCAAGGAGCUGAAGCAGCUUGUGCGCGACUUCGUGAGCCCCGAGAGGGGCCUCGGCCACUCGGACAAGAAGUAG